GUGGCUUGACGCGUUCCGUGUCCAUUUCACGCGUUUCUCGUUCUGUCCACCUCUGAUCAAAGAUGUCUUCCUUACGCGGCAAUAUAGUCACUUGGCUUGGUGCUACAGAGGAGGAAGAGGACUCAGAGGCCCUUGUAAAUGAAUGUGUAUCCAUAUGUCAGAUGUACAAUCUAACAGCAGAAGACCUCCAAUUCAAAUGGGAAGCUCUAUCGUACGGUAAAGCGCAGACUAUCCUCCGCUUUACGCGCGAAUCUGCAGCAGAUGUCAAGGCUCAGAUCCAGCGGGAGGUACAAGCCAAGAACGCGAGCAGUGCGUCUAAGUCGGCAUCAGCGACUAGCUUUGCGCGCGGGAGGCUAGCUCAUUCUGCAAAAUUUGCGGGCGUGAAUGCUACGGGGCUUAGUGGGCCGCUCAAGGCUGCGGCUCAGCCGCCAAAAGCACUUUUUGGAGGAAUGCCGAGCACGCCUGUGAAGCUUGAGCAGGACUUUGAUGGCCCUAUCGCUAGUUCGAGUAGGGUUGCGUUCGUGGGUCCCAAAGAUGGUAGACAGAAUCGCGCUUAUCGAUAUAUGUAUGAAACAUUGGGCGAACGGAGCGAAACUCUAGACACACAACUCGAUGGGUUUGGCGAUCUUAUUUUGAAACAUUAUCGGGAUGCUGGUCAGUUGGGUCAUCCCGGCGUUUUCUCCGAGGAAUGUUGCGUUGUCGUGGGCCGGAUCGUGAUAGACGCGGAACCUUCUGGCGCAGGCGUUAAGCUGAACGAUCAGUCACUGAUUCUCGAGGCAUCGCGGGCCCACGGGGAUGGACUACGUGUGCCUCUACAACUCGCCCCAGGUCUCAAGAUAAGGGGAGGGUACAAAGGCCUGGGUGGUGUGGGCCUGUUUCCUGGGGCGGUUGUGGCGCUGAAGGGGCGCAACGGCGGUGGAGGCUAUUUUAUUGCGUCUGAGAUUCUGGCUAUACCUCCGAUGCCGGUGUCACCUGCUCCACCGAGUAACGUCGCAGCAAGUUUUGACAUGUGCAUAGCCUGUGGGCCAUUCACUCCAGAUGCUAACCUCGACUACAAACCAUGGAGAACUCUCAUCAGCAACCUCAAGGCAUCAAAACCUGCCGUCGUCUUACUCCUCGGGCCAUUCGUAGAUGCUACACAUACAUACCUACAGCACGGCAUGGUUGACGAGAUGCCAUCAGACAUUUUCAAACGCCAGUUUAUCACUCCCCUCCGAGAUUUUCUUUCCCAAUCACCAACAAGCAUCGUUCUUCUCGUACCAAGCGUGAAUGACAUCAUCAGCGACCACGCAGUCUUUCCUCAAUGCGAGCUUGAUGAUGAGUUUAGCGGCGAUCCACGGAUACGGCUCCUCCCUAAUCCAGCCCGUUUCUCACUAAAUGGGAUUUCUUUCGCUGUGUGCAGCGUGGACGUCUUGUAUCACCUGCGGAAGGAGGAGUAUUUUAGACGUGGAGAAGAAAUUGAUUCUAUCAUAUGCGAACCAGCGGCUGCUAGCGACCCCAUGUCGAAUCUGAGCAGAUAUGUCUUGCAGCAGAGAAGUUUUUACCCGAUAUUCCCUGUGUCCAUGGACGUCGCACACGAAGUCAAUCUUGACGUAUCACAUUCCGCAGAGUUGAGAGUCGCCGAAAGUCCGGACGAUCCAGGUCCUGACGUGAUGGUGUUGCCCAGCCGAUUGAAGCACUUUUCAAAGGUCGUAGACAAUUCAGUCGUCGUCAACCCAUCAUAUUUGACGAAGGGCACAUACGCCACCCUAUCUUAUUCUGGACAGGGAACGGGAUUUCCUAAAGAUCGGAUAUCGGCUAAUAUUGCAAAGUUGUCCUAGGAUACCUCAGGUGACUGCUCACACGAUGUCGCGUCUUGGAUAUAAUUGCACACAUUUAUUCCCUCUUUUCUGGCGCGUUCACACUGCCAUUUUGAAUGAAUCGCGAACUGCCUUGACAGUGUCAUCGGCUUGUUGUUUCCAUCUCGAGCAUCUGAUGUUCCUGGUGUAUACCCUUGGCCUUGCAACCCCGCAGAAUUCUCUGUAGAAACCCU